AGCCUGCAGACCUGAAUAAGAAUAUUCAACAUGUAUGCAAAAGAUCCAGAAGACAGAGGCCACAGGGACACCACACAGUGGAUUAGUAGUUGCCAAGAAUUGGGAAGAAAUAAUUAUCAGUGGGCACAAGGUUUCUUCUUGGGAUGAUUGAAGUGGAAACCUAAGGGCUCUGUGGAAAAUCAGUCGGAUGGUGAUUUGCUGGGGCAAACGCAUGAAGGAAUCCUUUGUCAAAGUGGACACAGGUGUGAAAGGCUAAGGAAAGUUUCGCUGAAGCAGACACAGGAGAGAGGAUGUUCUGCUAAAGCAAGCACGUGACAGGACCCGUGGUGAAGUGUUCUUCACUGACUACACACAUGUGUUGGUUCACCUUACAUUGCAUACUUGAGCUGCAUUUGUCAGGGCUCCAUAGAGAGAAACACACCAAAAACUUGGGGUGAUACGCUGCAGUUUCCUGCCGCUUUCACAGACUCAGGCUGAUUGGCAGACAUGUGAUGUUUAGAGGCCGUAAGAAUAGGACCAGGCAGACAGUGAUGGAGGUCAAGCUUGGCUUGCUUGUAGAGCUCGCUGUGCAACGCUUGUGGGUCUCUCGUCUUCGCUGAUCUUCGCUGCCCUGAGAGAGUUACAGCUGAGGACUUCUCCUGGCGUCCCUCCCUGGUCCCUCCUGCUAACUCGUGCUGAGGCUGAGGCCUGGCUGUCUCUGCUAGGCCGUGCCACCACUGCUGAUUCGUGUUUGCUCUGCUGACUCUACCAAACUGGGCUGCUGGUGUCACUGUGAGGGGUUUGUGAGUGGACCGAGCUGCCGCUGCUGACCUGUGAACUGAACCGCUGGUUUCCUGACAACAAAGAUGGGAGCUGCUCCAAAGAACCUUUCUAAACAGGCAAAUCCCUCUGGAUUGUUCCCUGAUAGACCCAAGGCCAGCCCAGAGUGGCUAAGAGCAAAGCAAACAGCCUUAUCUCGGGAGAGUGGGGCCCCAGCUAUAAAGAGGGAAAGUCACUUGAGUUCUUCCCUCGCCCAAGAUGAAACUCCUUCUGCUGGCUGCUUUGCUCACAGCAGGCGUUACUGCACACAGCAUCAGCACUCGGGCUGUGUGGCAGUUCCGCAAUAUGAUCAAGUGCACCAUCCCCGGGAGUGAUCCCCUGAGGGAGUACAACAACUACGGCUGCUACUGUGGCUUGGGCGGCUCAGGCACCCCAGUGGACGACUUAGACAGGUGCUGCCAGACUCAUGACCACUGCUACAAUCAGGCCAAGAAGCUGGAAAGCUGUAAAUUCCUCAUCGACAACCCCUACACCAACACGUACUCAUACAAGUGCUCCGGGAACGUGAUCACCUGCAGCGACAAAAACAACGACUGUGAGAGCUUCAUCUGCAACUGUGACCGGCAGGCCGCCAUCUGUUUCUCCAAGGUCCCCUACAACAAGGAAUACAAAGACCUUGACACCAAGAAACACUGUUAGGCUGUCACCCCACUUCCUGUCUAUGCCGUCCCCGCUCCCCUUGCUGUCUUAUUUCUGCACCGCACCCUCUAAUAAAGUACCAGCAGAAAGAAAGAAA